UUGAUGAGGUGGCUGCGGAGUUUGGGGCUCCCAGGAAGCCGAAAGUUGGCUUGGGUGUGGGGCGCUUUCUCAGAAGGUGGAUCGCGGCCUGCGUUGUCGCUGGGACGACCCAAAGCCUUUUGAGGUUGGAGUGAGACUUUCUGGGGUGGUGUUUCCCUUUUUGGUGCCGCUGGAUGUUUUCGUCGUUCCCAAAAGGAGCAAGCAGGCCCACCUUUGAGGAAAGAUGGUGAGAGAAACAGAAUAUUAUGACCUGCUGGGGGUCAAGCCCUGCGCCACCAUGGAGGAGCUCAAGCGGGCAUAUCGGCGGCUGGCAUUGAGGUACCAUCCAGACAAGAACCCCAGUGAAGGGGAGCGGUUCAAACAGAUCUCGCAGGCCUACGAGGUGCUGUCAGAUCCCCAGAAAAGAUCGGUGUAUGACCGUGGCGGGGACAGAGCCAUGAAGGAAGGAGGAGCCUCAGGCAGGGGUGGAUUCAGGCCCCCCAUGGACAUCUUCAACCUGUUCUUCGGCGGAGGGUCUUCUACCCACGGACCCCGAGUGGAACGGAAAGGCAGGACAGCUUUCCAUCACUUGUUUGUCACCUUGGAGGAGCUGUAUAAAGGCACCACUCGGAAGAUCUCCAUUCAGAAGAACGUCAUCUGCAAAACCUGUGGCGGCCGUGGAGGAAGAGAAGGACAUGACCUGAGGUGCCCCAAGUGCCAUGGCUCUGGCUUUGAGGUGAUUCUUCACCGACUCGGCCCAAAUAUGAUGCACCAAGUCCAGGCGGUGUGCUCACAGUGCUUUGGCCAAGGAGAAUGGAUGCAGCCCCUGGAUCGUUGCCUCACUUGCAAUGGCAGGAAGGUCAUACGAGAGAAGAAGUUCCUUGACGUCUGUAUAGAAAAAGGUAUGGCGGACAGGCAGAAGAUUACCUUCCCCAAGGAGGGCGACCAGGUUCCCGGCUUACAUCCUGGAGACAUCGUCGUUGUUCUGGACCAGAAGCAUCACCCGGUCUUCCAGCGCCAGGGCAAUGACCUUGUGAUCAAGCGAGAGGUGACUUUGAUGGAUGCCCUCUGUGGCUGCAAGCUGGUCAUCCAGACCUUGGACAGCAGGCGCAUCCUCCUCUUCUCACGGCCAGGUACCAUCAUCAAGCCAGGGGACAGGAAGUGUGUUCCCAAUGAAGGGAUGCCUAUCCACCACUGUCCCAACCAGAAGGGGAAGCUGAUCAUUGAAUUCCAGGUGAGGUUCCCAGAGCCUGGCUGGCUGCCGCCCCACCAACUGCGCCACUUGCAGACCUUCUUUCCGCCCCGCGAGGAGGUCGUAGCCACAGAAGACAUGGAGGAGGCCGAGCUGCGCGAGUGUUUCUCCCAAUCAGAGUUCGGCCACAGGCGCUUCCCGAGCGAGACCUACCAUGAGGAUCAAAGCGAGGACCCCUUGCGCCACAACGUCCAGUGCCAGACGUCGUAGCGCCAUGGACAGAACCACCCUGCGGUGGCCUUCUGGGGUUGGGGGGAGUGGGGAGGGAACAACUGUUGCGGGGAGCAGAAAGAGAGACCCUGGAUCUAAUAGGGUUGCCCUUCAUUCCUCAGCCAGAGAGUGUUUGGGGACUCCAUCCCAUCUGCCGUCCAUGAUUUAGACCCUUUUCUCAAAGUCCGACUGCUCUCAGAAUGUGCUCCCAAAGGCACAAUGGGGUAACUUGACGGGCUUCCCUGGAAAGGACUUGUCUUAUUGGCAGAAGGCAAUCCUUUGCAUGCAAAGAUUAGGAAAGUGGAAGGAGGAGUGAAAGAAGGGGCGUUUGGGAUGUGGUCCUCUAAGAUUUGGGGGGCAUAGUGCAGCCCCAAGCCACUGCUGCCUCAUCUCCAGACUUUUCUGUAGCUUCCACCUUUGGGGACAUUUCCCCAAUCCUUUUGGAAGAGCCAUAGGGUCUUGGAAGACACCUCACUCUACUUUCCCAGAGGGACUUGCAGGAUCUGUGCUGACCCUCUUAGUCCUGAUGCAUUGUGUUCCAAGUCAUACCUGCAUCUGGAUUGCUGUGAGUUUCCCGGGCUGUCUGGCCAUGUUCCAGAAGCAUUCUCUCCUGACGUUUCACCUACAUCUCUGGCAGGCAUCCUCAGAGGUUGUGAGGUCUGUUGGAAACUAGGCAAGUGGGGUUUAUACGAGGUUUGAAUGAAAAGUAAUGCCUCCACCUUUGUAACUCCUCAACAGAUGGCAGUAUUGGUAUGCGGCAGGUACUGGCUUGUUCAGUAGACUCUCCUCUACAGUUUCACUUUGGCAGGAAGCCUUAGUAUUGAAUGUUUGUGUUGUUAAAGUGCGAAGUAUGGAACCCUACACAGACGGUUGGUCAAUGUGACAUAAGCAACGUGCAGUCAUUGAAUUCUUGACAGCAGGUGUCACCUCAAAGGAGAUUCAUCAGAGAAUGCAAGUUGUUUAUGGUGAUUGUGUUGAUGUGAGUACUGUGCACCAUGUCAGGAUUAUUUAGUUAUGCAUGUGUGUUUUUCAAUGUGUUUCUAUGUGCUUCAAGAUGUAUUUCAAGAUGGAUUCUAUUCUGCUCUAUUGUGUAUAAGAAAACACAGUGCUGAGGCUGUGAAACUGUAACCUUGACAGAAAUGAGAUAACGUGUUCUCUGGCUGGGAAGAAGAGGGAGGAUCUGGUCUCAGCCAGAAGUCAGAUAAGCAGAUGUUCAGAGACUGUUGUUUGUGCCUAGUGGUUCCUGUCUGUUGCUUGCUGUGAAUAGACGUGUAUAGAUGUACUUAGUAAACUUAGUUUUCUGUUGUAACUGAAA